AGCUAGUAUAAAAUAGAGUUUAUUUAUUUCACGGGCAACACCGGGCACAUUAGCUAGUAUUAGAAGUAUGGUAUACUUUUAUUUUUAACUCUAAAAUUAACACAGAAACUAAUUGCAGUCUCCUACAAGAAAAAUUAGCAUGAUCUAAGAAGCAUUACUUACUAAAAGAUAAAAAAAAUAGCAGAAAAAUAAAAAUAAUUCUCCCUUCCUUAGACUAACAUGAUAUAUUAUGUAAAACUAAAAUGUAUGUAUGAGUAACAAUCUAAUUUAACAGAUAAAAUUUGUAAAUUUAUAUUCAGAAGUUAAUUUAGUCUUCACUUCACUCUUCAUAUUUCAUGAGAUAAUUUUUGUUUUCAGGGAUGUAGUUGUAAGUUUAUAUUUUUUUAGAUUAAUAAAUGGAUUUUUAAGACAUUUUUUGCCUACCCUGUAAUUCAAGGAAUCAAUGUCGUCUUCAAUUCUCUUUGCCUGUUUUCUAGGCUCCCUGCCUCUUGUUCUUAGCUCCGACUGGGGAUACCUGCCAGAAAAUGGACCUGUAGUAUGGGGUCAACACUAUCCUACCUGCAAUGAGUUUGCUCAAUCUCCUUUAGAUCUUGAUCUAUUCACUGCAGAACCUAGUUAUGGAGCUGGAGAAUUGAAGACUAUAGGAUACAGAACAUUGCAUAAUGCUACAGUUAAUCAGAAUGGGCAUACCUUUACCGUUAGCUUUAAGAAUGUGCCGGAGGAUGAACAUCCGAUGAUACACGGAGGUAGUCUUCCACCUGGAGAAAAGUUUUCGUUUGUAACACUUCACUUGCAUUGGGGUAGUGAUAGUUCUCGUGGUUCUGAACACAGAUUAACCGGAUAUGAGUUCCCGGCUGAAAUACAUCUUGUACACUGGAAUACUAAGUAUCCUGACUUCCCUUCAGCUGCUCAAGAGUCAGAUGGGUUGGCAGUGGCAGGGUUCUUUCUCCAGGUUUCCAACCAGACAAAUGUUAACUAUGCACCUGUGAUUGAUGGAUUAUUGAAAUUGGCCGGACAUCCAGAUCACUUUGACGUAGAUAUAGGCCAUCUGUCCCUGCACAGUUUACUAACUACUAAAGGGGCAGCAGAUCAUCUGCAUUAUAAGGGUUCCUUAACUACACCGCCUUGCACUGAGAACGUUUUUUGGAACGUUUUCCUGGAUCCAAUAAAUAUUUCAGAAGAGCAACUGAUUAAAAUUAGAAGUUUGCGGGACGGACACAAUCAACCACUCAGGUAG